CUCGUGCUGUAUAAAACCCUGUUCCUCUCUGCUGUACAAGAGACCGAUCUAGAAAUUCAGUUGUCGUAGGAGAGAAAUGGCUCCGAUAGCUGUUGGAGAUACUAUUCCCGAUGGAACUCUACCUUGGUUUGAUGAGGAUGGUGAGAUACAGCAGCUCUCGAUUCACUCACUUGCCGCCGGCAAGAAUGUCGUCCUCAUCGGUGUUCCCGGCGCGUUUACCCCUACCUGCAGCACGCAGCAUGUGCCGAGUUUUAUCACAAAUGCUGAGGAACUAAAGUCGAAGGGCGUGGACGAGAUCCUUCUAAUUAGCGUCAAUGAUCCAUUUGUGUUGAAGGCGUGGGCGAAGAGUUACACGGACAACAAGCACGUGAAGUUCCUCGCCGAUGGCUCAGCUAACUACACAAAGGCCCUGGGCCUGGAGCUGGAUCUGAGCGAGAAGGGGCUCGGGCUGCGCUCUCGCAGGUAUGCGAUCCUGGUGGACGACCUCAAGGUUAAGGUGGCUAACAUCGAGGAGGGUGGAGCCUUCACCAUCUCUGGUGCUGAUGAGAUCCUCAAGUCUCUGUGAUCUUCCUUCUGUUGUUUGUCGCCUCUUUUUGAGACGCGCCUCGUAUCACCUUUCACUUUGAAUAAAAACGCUUCUUAGCUCUUGCCGGUUUGUUUGGUGUAGAGUUCCAAGUGUUUAUUUGGUUUACUCUUAAAAUUUACCUGCAAGAAGUUUGUAUUGUUGUUUGUUUGAAGUUAGAAAAGAUCUUAAUUUUAUGCCC